CGGCGCCUCACGCUGGGACAGACAGACACCGUUUCCCUGCUGGAAGAGGACAUAAAACUCUGCCGGGACUGUCUCACUGUCUCAGAUGAUGGCGUGACCCCGGAGCUGCUGAGUCGUGACCCCGGAGCUGCUGAGUCGUGACCCCGGAGCUGCUGAGUCGUGGUUGCCUCACCUGUCAGCGAUGGAGGACCUGUGGAGUUUGGCCGUGAGCGUGUUUCAGGUGUGGAUGUUUGUGGUGGUGUUCCUCAUCAUGCUGCCCGCCAUGUUCGGCCUCUCUCUGGGGGUCACCGGCGUCUACAUCCAGAUCCUGGUCCAGAUCCUGGAGUGGGCCACCGUACGGAUCCAGAGAGGACGGCAGCAGCAGCCCGCUGUCCCCGUGCCUCUGCCCAACGGUGAGUCCCUCUGCUUUAUGUUUACAAGCUGUCUGUCCAUCUGUACAUCUCAGUCUCGUUAUCUAUAUCUCAAGAACACUGAGAGGGACUUUCUUUAAA